AUGAAGAAAGCGCUGGCGCAACUCGCGUCCAAAGUCUGGGAGGCCCUCAAACCCCCCAAACCGGAGCUCGGGUAUUUUAUGCCGGACGAGCAGAGCGACGCCAUUCGCAGCUGGUGCUCAGACGUAGCGUCCAGCGUGCUCCUCGACCCGAACGAGCUCGAUGCGUCCGACCCAUCCCGAGAACGCGAUGCACCACGAUGGCGCAAGGCGUCGAAAUCGACCACGUCGGCCAGCGAACGCGAAGCGGCGGCUCAACGCGCCUCCGAAGAGAAGGCCAAAGCCAAGGCUGCGCGCAAGCAGUGA